AUGAACAAGCCGAACAUUUACAGCGACUGUAAACUCCCUUGUGAUCACUUGGAUGUCGAGGUGUGGAAUCAAUUCGUUUCACAGCCAGCUCUAACGGUGUCAAAUGGCCAACGUCACAGCGGACAAUCUCAUUGGAAUUGGCAUUGUAGGAGGAGUCGGCUUGCUCGGCUUAGUCAGCAACGGUUUAGCGAUGUUUAUACUCAUCAAUGGCGGAAAAAUAUCGAAUUCGUUCCAACAGCUAUGCCUUUCUCAUUGUACAGCGAAUUUCAUCUGUUUGAUGUUUUUCGUAUUCUACUGUACUCCGAUGAUCAUAAUGCAUUCUACUUUCUCACAUACAUCGUCCAUAGGAAAGCUGAUCGGUGGUUUUAUGGUAUCUAUUUGGGAUUGAAAGAAUGCUAUAUCGUCUUCCAUGCGAGUAACUAUCUUUGGGAAUUCUCGCCAAACUAUUGCGGCUUCGUACUUGGUAAAGUGCUCGAUUUUGGUACUGGUGUGUCUGUGUUCAUCCUCAUCAUCAUUAUGGACGUCUUCACAAUUUACCGUAUUCGAACAGCGGUGAUGAGACUCGGAAAAUCGUUGCGUACCCAGGAGUUGAAGUUCUUCGCUCAAUCCUGCUUGCAAUUCAGCCUUUUCGUCAUAAAAUUAACUAAUUUCUAUUUUAUUUCUGGUUAUUUUAUCGGUGAUUUGGUCACCUAUCACUGGCCAGCAUUUUGCACCACCACAUUCGCUUGGGAAAUCACCCACUGUAUCGAUGGGCUCAUCCUUAUUCCGUUCCAUUAUCAUGAUUGGAAAACGCGAAAGUGCCGUCCCGUUAUUACUGGGCAUACAAUCACAAAGCUGAUCGUGAUUUCCUGGCCAAUCGAGAGUCGGAAAAUUCUUAAUCAGAGGAACACGAAAGUAUUGAUAGGAAUCGCCUGGUUUCUUGGAUUCCUUCAUUUCAUACCGUACUUCAGAGUUGAAAAAUGCUACGUGGUGUUCUAUGCAAGUAAGUAUAUCUGGGAAUUUUCCCCGAACUAUUGCGGUUUCGUGCUUGGCAAGGUUCUCGAUUUUGGCACGGGCGUUUCUGUGUUCAUUCUCAUCAUCAUUUUCGACCUCUACACAGUCCUACGUAUCCGAACAGUCAUGAUAAUUCUCAUACCGUUUCGGUUGAUAAUUCAGAAGGAUCCGUAUUUGGCUGUGGAACAGGAGCUUGGAAUAAAUGCGCUGGCUUUGUGA